CCAUAACCAAAAAGCAAACACUAGAAACUCACCAAAACAUUCCCAAAUGGAUGCCUCAAAGUCCAAGCAAAUCUCUCAGUCGUCUCAGACAACAAUCAAAGACAAAACACUAUCAGGGCUAGGCAACCUUAUUAGGCUCCUCCCAACUGGUACAGUCUUCUUGUACCAAUUCCUCAGCCCUGCCCUAUCCAACAAUGGCCACUGCACUACAACCAUCUACAAGUACCUCACUGCCAUUCUUGUCGCUGUGAGCGGCUUUUCUUGCUUCUUUUCUUCAUUCACUGAUAGUUACGUUGGAGAUGAUGGGAAAACUCACUAUGGGAUUGUAACAUCGAAGGGCCUUUGGACCUCGGAAGACUCUAAGAUCGUGGACUUAUCGGCCUAUAAGCUUCGGUUUGGGGACUUUGUUCAUGGUCUUUUUGCACUGACUGUGUUUGGGGUUCUAGUGCUUUUGGACCAAAAAACUGUGGGUUGCUUCUAUCUGGUGUCUGAUUCGUUGGAGAAGACUUUGCUCAAGGUGCUUCCUCCAGCUGUUGGCGUGGUUUCUAGUGGGCUUUUCAUGUUCUUCCCUAACAACCGCCAUGGAAUUGGAUACCCUUCAAGUACUGACUCUUCACAGGUUUCCAAGUCUGGUGGUAGCGAAGUAUCAUUGACGAAAGUCUAAGCAAGUUUGAGUGUGGUUUCUUUGGUUUUUUUCUUAUUCUGAAUUUGUUGCCUUAUAUUCAUGAUUCCCUGUAUAAAGUUACACACGCAUACAUGUAUGUAUUUGUUUCCUAGCAAGUUUGAGCAUGGUUUCUUUGGUUUUUCUUAUUCUGAAUUUGUUGCCUUGUAUUCAUGUUUCCCUGUAUAAAGGUUACACACAAAUAUAUAUGUAUGUAUAUGUUUGCUAG